AUGCUUGCACCUAAGUCUGCCCGCCCAAGGCGAGUGGUGGGAGCAGCGGCGGUUGCAGCAGCCGCAUCGAAACUGGAGCACUGGAGUUUGGAUUCAGCCGCGGACGUUCCGAUGGCGCUGGAUCUGGCUAUGGCGGGAGACCACUCAGUAUUCAAGAUAGCUUUGGUCACCAAUCAGUUAUUCGAGCAACGUCUUCAACUUCCGUCCGUACCGCAGCCGCAUGUCGACGUGUUGCGAGGAGCGUUGUGUUGGAGCUUAGUUAAUAAUGUGAUUGCCUUACGAGGGUUUAAGACCUUUGCGUGUCGCUUUGUUGUCUUCGGGCGCGCGCUUGUCUUAAAAGGGAAACUGGUAAAAUUUAGUGAUCCCUUGUCGCCUCAGUUUUACGAUGGCGUAGAUAAGCAGUUUGCAUCUGUAGAUGCAGCAGUCUUGUCAAUUACUGGCGCGUUGUUAGAUUUGGCAAUUCCGGCAGCGAUUAAGUCGGUCAAGGGCUUGGUGGUAGCCAGGGUCCCGGUUGAUCACAUAUCGGGUGCUGAUGAAGCGUGCAUGAAGUGGUUGCGCACUCUGCAAGAUCAGGAUUGUUUGUUGAUGUUGAAUUGUCCUUCCGUUGAGUCUGAGUACCAGUCUUUUAUCUGGCUUAUUGUAUUCACGAAUCCGGUUAUCAAGCGUGUGAUUUUGAAGGAUAGCAGCUUAGCUGAGCACUUACUUUAA